UUGCAAUACGUAUGACUCAUUUCAUUCAUUGUUCAUUGACUUUGACAGAUUUAUUUUCAUUCGUUCGCCUACGUUUUUUUGAGGGUACGGUACGGAUUUGUUUCCGUUUUUCCUAAAAGAAAGAGGAAUUCGUGUCGACUGCCCAGAGUCCACGAAUUUCUGCUCAUCAACCGAUAUCGUUUGGGUGUGACUGUUUUCCUGUUUGCUCAGAAACUUGAGAUUGAUAAAGAUGUCUCAAACUCUCACAUUUGGUGACUCAUGUGCACCGGUGACUUGUCAUGCGUGGAAUAAAGAUAGAACUCAAAUUGCAUUUUCCCCCAACAACAAUGAAGUUCAUAUCUACCAAAAAGAGGGGAAUGAUUGGAAGCAAACCAACAACUUGGUGGAGCAUGACUUGAAGGUGAUGGGCAUUGACUGGGCCCCAAACACCAACCGCAUUGUCACCUGCUCUGUAGACCGCAAUGCAUAUGUCUGGACUCAAGGAGAUGAUGGCAAGUGGACGACUACGCUUGUGCUGCUCCGUAUCAACCGUGCUGCCACAUGUGUGAAGUGGUCACCCAUGGAGAACAAGUUUGCAGUAGGAUCUGGAGCUCGACUAAUCUCCAUCUGCUACUUUGAGAAGGAAAACAACUGGUGGGUGUCCAAGCAUAUCAAGAAGCCCAUUCGGUCAACUGUGACCAGCAUUGACUGGCACCCAAACAAUAUACUGUUGGUUGCUGGCUCUGCCGACUUCAAAGUGAGAGUUUACUCAGCUUAUAUCAAGGAUAUUGAGGAUCAACCAGGCCCCAAUGUUUGGGGUACAAAGCUGCCAUUGGGACAAAUGUUGGCUGAGUUUCCCAAUUCCCCCAAUGGUGGUGGUUGGGUGCACAGUGUGUCAUUCUCAGCAGAUGGGAAUAAAGUUGCAUGGGUGGGACAUGAUAGCUCCAUAAAUGUAGCUGAUGCUACUCAAGGGAAGGCUAUCAUAAAAAUGAAGACUGAAUACCUGCCUUUCUUGGGAUGCAGUUGGGUGACCAACAACUCUCUGGUUGUGGCAGGACAUAGCUGCAUUCCACUAAUGUACUGCCAUGAAGGUAGUCAGAUUAAGUUUGUUGCCAAAUUGGAUAAUACUCAGAGAAAGGAGUCUGGAGGAUUGUCUGCCAUGAAGAAAUUCCAGUCUCUGGAUCGCCAAGCUCGCAUAGAAACAAAUGACACUUUCUUGGAUUCCAUUCACCAGAAUGCUAUCACUUCCAUCCGCAUCUUUGAAGGCUCUAAGGCCAACACUCGCAAGUUCAGCACCACUGGACUGGAUGGACAACUUGUUAUCUGGGAUCUGGACUCCUUGGAGAGGUCUAUUGAAGGAUUGAAGAUUGUGUAAAUCAGACUUCUGUUAAUUUAUGAUUUUUAUUUUAAGGAAUAAUAUAAUAAUCAGUUUGCGUGCGAGUUCUGAAGUCACUCCAAUAAAAAUGAAAAACAUGGAAAGCCGUGAGAAAGUAAAACUUCACAAUCACAGUCUGAUCAGUCUAGCUAGAAGAAAUACGAAGCAAUAGUAGCAGUGAGUGAAUUCAGCUCCCCAGACAGUAAAAACUUUCAAAUAUACAGAAUAAACUAUAAUAAUUUAUAGAUACAACUUCUAUGCUUUUAUAAUAUACAAUUUAAAAAUUUAACUUGAUAAUCAAAUCAAUAAUUUAUAAUAUAAAUUAGAAAUAAGACUACUACACCCUAUAAAAUAUGAUAGAUCACUUUUAAUACUACUGAAGUACUGAUUGCUGUCAAUAUUACAUUAAAUUUUAAGGAAUCAA